AUGGUCGUGGACGUGUUCGUGGACGUGAACGUGGACGUGGACGUGGUCCUGGACGUGGACGUGGACGUGGUCGUGGACGUGGACAUGGACGUGGACUUGGACUUGGACGUGGACGUGGACGUGGUCGUGAACGUGGUCGUGGACGUGGUCGUGUACGUGGACGUGGUCGUGGACGUGGACGUGGACUUGGACGUGGACGUGGACUUGGACGUGGACUUGGACGUGGACGUGGUCGUCGACGCGGACGUGGUUGUGGACGCGGACGUGGACGGGGACGUGGACGUGGUCGUGGACGUGGUCGUGGACGUGGACGUGGUCGUGGACUUGGAAGUGGACGUGGACGUGGACGUGGACGUGGUCGUGGACGUGGACCAGGACAUGGACGUGGACCAGGACGUGGACGUGGUCGUGGACGUGGAAGUGGACGUGGACGUGGACGUGGUCGUCGACGUGGACGUGGUCGUGGACGUGGACGUGGACGUGGACGUGGACCUGGACGUGGACGUGGACGUGGACUUGGACGUGGACGUGGCAUGGUCGUGGACGUGGACGUAG